CCCACACACAUCUUGAUACCUGUAUGAUUAAAGUACCUAGGUAGGUAGGUACUAUGUAUGUAAGCCAUACAUGGAACAUAUUGAAUUAAACAGGUAUUUGCAAAUCUUCUAUGUCGAUAUCUUAACCUCCUCGAAACAUCCUCGAAACCCCCUCGACCACCAAAUUCCCUACCAAUUUUUACCGCCGAAGCAACGGCAUUGGCCCCCCUCAAAUCAUUUAUGCCGCCGUGGUAGCCUAACUCCGCGUAUAAGUGUCGCUAUCGAAACAUUCGGCCAACGAGAUGGCGCCAAUACGACUCUCGGCGCCCUCGCCGUGCUGCAUCUCCUCGAUUACCUCCCACAUUUCUUCCACCACCUCCCAGAGAAUACCGAUUCCUAGCACGACAAUAAUACGCGCUUUCAGCAUCGCCUCGCCUUGCCACCGGCAAAAGCCCUCUCACCUGACCGUACCCGUGGACCAGGUGCCCGAGUACCCGUACGGCCGGUUCCGGACGUAUAAGCAGGCUAACGAGGGUCUCUUCGCGGGGUCCAAGAUCCGGUUUGGUAAUGUGGUAGCCCCGGAUCACGGUAACAAGUCUCGCACCUCCUGGCUUCCCAACCGCCACACCAAACGCCUGUGGUCGCCGAGUUUGGGUGCCUUUAUUCGUACCCGCCUGACGACCAACGUCCUCAAGACGAUAGACCGACUCGGCGGUAUCGAUGAGUAUCUCCUCGGCUCCAAGGCUCGCCGCAUCAAGGACCUAGGUCCCGCCGGCUGGGCUCUCCGCUGGAAGAUCAUGCAAACUCCCGCCAUACGCGAGCGUUUCGCCCGCGAGCGCGCCGCUUUGGGUCUGCCUCCUAAGGAAGAGGGCCAGGAAACUCUUCCUGGUGAACUGGUUGCCGACGGUGCCACGUCUGACGCCGUUCUGAGUGAGGUUGACGCAAUGUUAGAGCGUGGUGAUGAAUUUGUUAUAGGCGAGGUAAAGGAUGACGAGGCUGUAUUUAUUAAGGAAGAUGGUGAGGCGAUAGGAGAGGCUAGAGAAGCUAAGGAAACCGCUGAAGCCAGCGAAGUCAGUGAAGCUGCCAAAAACCCUGAGUACACCAUAGAAGAAGAUAAACCCGAAGGCGACGAUAAAGCACCUAAGGUAUGAAAACACCUCGAAGACUUGUGCGCCACACGGCGCAAAGGUAAAGAGAUUAGAUACGGAGGAUACGGCAUUGCAUUGCACACAGUGUAUAUCAAAUUUAUAAACCAAAAAUGCAUCUAAAUGCAUUUAA